CAGUUACGACAAUUAUGUCCAGCGCGCUCCGGCGGCUGAGCCGGUUCGCCACGUCCAUGGACCUCGAAGUCAAAUGGGGCGCCCGCUUUCGCCGGCCGCUGCUCGUUUGGGUCUACGUGCAGCAUCUGAUGACGUUUGUCUACUUUGGUCUUCUCGGCGCCAUGCACCUCACGCUCGACCUCGGGAUGCGCGUGGCGAUGCGCAGCUACGCCAGCGGUCCGUCCGGCGCGCUCCUCGUCCUCACGGGCGUCUUGCACUGCUGGCCAUUUCUGCCAUUACGCGUGCAGCAGCGCUGUGCCAGAGCCUGCGCCCGCCAAGGCCAUCGCACGCAUUCUCGAUGGUGGCCAAAAAGCCUCGUGCCAUCGACCAACGUCCAGAUUGCACUUGGUCAUUUCGUGGCCAUUUCGUGCGAGACGUAUACCGCGUACGACAUGUCGUGCCGGAUCGUGAACCCGCACCUUGCGGGCUUGUACGCGUCGCUCCUUGUGCUCAACUGCGUCUGCACCACGUGGCUUCUCUUUCUGCGAGAUGCGAGCUCCAAGCUCGUGUGGGUGAAUCUCCUUGACAGCGCGAUUUCAUUUGCGCUGUCGGCUGGGUUUCCGCUCUUCUUUUUGCUUUUGCCGCUCAUUCGAUUUGUGUUUGUCUCGAGCCGCGACAUUGCCCAUAGUUUGCACUGGUAUGCGCAAAUCUACUCGACGUCGCGGACCUUGUGCGUGUCGUCGCUGCCGGUGCUCGCGCUGCGCGUUGUGCCGGGCGUCACCAACUUUGGCGUACUGCGACGCGUGUCGGCCUCCUUGCGCUACAAGCGCCAUCACGCACUGGGACCGCCGCGGGGGACCAUCCCCACAGGGUGGCGCGCGUUUACGCUUCAGCAGCGCCACGGACGGCUACUGAAGAUCGUGCUCGCAUGUAAUGUGCUAUGGGGUGUCGCCGUGGCCGUCACGUCGGUGCGGGCGCUCUACCUUCGGUCACCAUGCCCCGACUACUGCGUGUACGCAUCGGCGCCGUGGUUUACCACCGAGUGCAACUGCAUUUACGCCCUUCUCAACUGCCGCGACGCUGGCAUCGAAGCCAACGACAGCGUCGACAACCGUUUUCAUGCGUCCAUCGUUGGCCCGAACCUCGUGUUUCUGCAUCUGCAGCGCUGCGCAGUUCCCAACGGUCUUGCGCUCGAAACCUUGUCGCAAUUUCAGAGCCUGUAUGCCCUCAAGCUGGAGAUGACGCAGUUGGCGCGGUGGGACGUUCCAGGGACCUCGCUCCCGUCGUCGGUGAUGCUCAUCGAUGUGCGCUACAGCCAACUCGCGUCGGUGCCUUACAUUCUGCGCUCGAUGCCGCCGUCCGUGCGCUGGCUUUUCCUUGUGGGACACCCCAAGCUUGUGGAUAUUCCCAGUGACGUCUAUGCGAACUGGACCAACCUUCUCUCGCUCUGGCUCGGCGAUAACGCACUUCCGCACGUGCGACCGAGAGACAUAGCACAAAUGACAUCGCUCCAGAUUCUGGAUCUGAGCAGCAACCAGAUCGCAGACAUCCCCGAGACUGAACUUGGCGCGCUGCCGCUGCUUCGAACGCUCUAUUUGCACAACAACGCCAUUCGCAUCUUUCCGUCGACGCUGUUGCGAGCCAAACCGAACCUCCUGCUCUCGCUCAACCACAACCCGAUCGCGACGAUUGCAGAGAUCGUGGGUCGCUCGGUGCACGUUGCCUCUACGCCGUUCUGCACUGCGACGCCGAUGACUUCAGCAUGCUACGAAGACUGCGCGCCGAGCUGCGGCAUGCCCUUUGUUGGCAAUUACCUCUGCGACCUCGGUUGCAACACGACAGCGUGCGCCUUUGACGGCGGCGAUUGUGAUUUUUAGCGUCAAGACCACAAAUCUGUGAUAGUCUCAUUCGCAGC